AAUCUUAGAGCAUCGGAACAGGCCGAUCGAGGAGUCCCCCUUUCAGCAGAUACCAAUAUCCUCGUUUUCGAAUUUUUUUUCGCCACCACCACACACCAAAAAUCAAAACACAAAAAACAAAAAUGAAGAGUUUUCUGAUUCUUUUGGGUUUCGUGGCUCUGGCGGCCGCCGAUGUCAAACAUCUGACAGAUCGCAAUCUGGAUCUGUUCAAGUACAAUCCUAGCGAUAUCUAUACCCUGCCCGAGGACAUCGACGACGACAAGCCAGCCGUGCACUUCAGUGGCGAUGUCAUGAAGGCCAAGACCGAGGAGCUCACCAACUACAACUCCGGCAAGAAGUUCAAGUUGCAACUGAAGACCCAGAACGGCAUUGAGGUCAGCAGCGUGGGCAAGCUCAAGGACGACAAGACCUUCGUGGUGAGCGGCUCCUACUCCUUCACUGGCGCCGAUGGCAAGCGCUACAAGACCCGCUACACCGCCGAUGAGUUCGGUUACCAUCCCAUCACUGAACUGGAUCUGGAUAUUCCCGAGCCCCAGCCCUUGGCCUCUGCUGGACAGCGCCAGACUGUGGACCCCAGCAGCCUGCUGGGCAACAAGAACCGCUUCCAGUUCCUGCAGCAGACCCUCGACUCCGACCAGGGACCCCUGAGGGGCAGCGGCCAGAGCGGUGACGACUACAGCUACCAGCCCCAGCAGGGAGGCGUCAACGGACAGCUGUUCGGUGCUCCCUACGGCGGAGUUGGAGCUGGCUUUGGAGCCGGAGCUGGCGUUGGUGCUGGUGCCGGUGCCGGUGCUGCCAAUGAUUACUACGGAAGCGGAAAUGGCUACAACUACCAGGCCCCAAAGACGCCCCUGGUGACGCCCUCCCGUCAAUAUCUGCCCGUGGCAUAAGUUUGUGACCUGAUACCCCCCCCUCCAACUACCUAUCCCUUACCCGUCCUCCCCCAAAAAAACCUCCCGAUUUCCCAGCUGCAAGUAUUUAGUUUUUUUUUUUUUAAGUGCAAUUACAACCGGCAAAAAUGGAAGAAAAAAAAAAAAACCAACAUGGAAGACACAAAAAAAAGAAAAAUCACAGAGCUAGCGAAAUUUUUUUUUAUCAUUUUUUAGUGUUAUACACGGAGCACAAUUUUAUAUAUGAUAUUAUACCUUAUAUACACGCAUAUAUGUUAUGUAUCUACACACACACACCCACGCACGCAAAAAAAAAACAAAAACACAAACACACACACACAAAACCCGACAAAAGACACAAACGAAUCUAUGUAUAUACACUGAGUGAUAUUAGUAGUAAAUAAAAUGGCUAAACUAACGAUCAAAAA